AAGGUUUUGCCCGUGCGCUUUCAGCUUUUCGCUUUUUGGCCUUAUGCAUCGGAUCCGAGGCAGAGACACCUCAGUUUCCACUGUUCAGUGUUCACUGUUCAGCGUUCAGCGUUUCAGUUCACAAUCUCCGAGCUCGAGAGAGCGUCGAUCGGUCGCAGAGUUCAGUUCAGUUGGCCUGCGGUUCGUCAUCAGCGUGGUUCAUGCGGCUCCGACUUUGACUUCGACUUCGACUCGACAUCGACAUCGACUUCCACUCAGACUCAGACUCUGAAUCGGGCCUUAACUUAAACUCUCCAUUGACAUCGCCAUCUGCGUCCCCGGUUGUAAUCAUAAAUAUAUCUACAUACAGACUGGCCCGCUGUACAUAGGCCCAGUUAGUUAGUGGUUGCUGUUGUGCCGUGCAUUUUCAUUUUCAUUUUCCCAAGAGUGUUGUUGCUGUCACAGCGUCCGCUGUUUGUGUCUUGUGAAAUGUCGAAGCCCUUGAUUUUGGGCAACCGAUACGAUCAUUAGUCGACAGCCACCUGAAAAAGCUUCUGUUGCUAGCUAGAAACAUACAGAAAAGUGAUAUUUAAGAACCCAACUCUAUCUGGAUAGUAUUUACUUAAAGUUAGUAUCGGUAAAAUCAGGUACAAAAAGUGGACAUUUAAAAGUUACAAUCAACCGGGUUUUAAGUAUCGGUAAAGUAUCGGUUAAAACCAAGUGCCAAUCGAAUCGGUUUUUGAAAGUGCCCAUUUUGCAGUGUUACAAACGAAUCGGUUUUGAAUAUACCCAGUGCCCAGUGGAGAGUGAGAAUAAUAUAUAUGCCCAACAUCAUUAGGCGAUUGCGAAAUCGUGGCCAAAAUGUGGGUUAGGGUCUGAGCCAGAAACAAAACAAAAUCUGACAACAAAUGGACGCAAAUUCACACAUGCCGCGCACAUAAAUUUAUGGUUGGAACUGUAACUGGGCAAAAUGAUCGGCCCGGCAACCAGCAGUAGUAGCAGCAGCACCACCACCACCACCACCAACAGCAUUGGCGGCACCACCGAACCACCCACCAACCCGCCGACAAAGGGAAAAAACUAACGGAAUAAUGCAACAUUAAGCAAAAUGCUGCUGGCCCUGCUAAAGCAAAGCCCCGACCAACAACAACAAUUUCAACCUGCCACCACCGACGUCAACAGCAACAACAAUAGCAGCAACAGCGACAUCAGCAGCAGCAGCAGCAACAACAUCAGCAACAGCAACAACAACUGCAACUGCAACAGCAACAACAUCAACGUCACCGUCACCGUUACCACGAACGUCGCCGUUGCCGUAUAAAAUGGAACCCUCAUAUGAUCACGAACAUCCACAUCAUCUGCUAACAAAUUACAAUUCGAAGAAGUACCCGCACGUCUCGCGCACGCCGGAGUACAGCCACUCCACGGGCAGCGACUAUCCGGAGCACGGCGGCUACCUGACGGAUGGUCGGCUGAUGCACGACAGCAACAGCGAUGCCGGGAUCUACCAUGUGCGCCAGGGUAGCGAGCACUCCUCGCCCAGCCUGCACUCGCCAGCCAUACAGAGCUCCGGAUACGAGAACGAGCACCUCAACGAGAAUGUGCUGGCGGCGCACAGCCACAGCCACAGUCACUCGCCCAUGCCGAUGGUGUCCAGUGCCUACGUGGGCGGAGGCACUGCGUCCGGCUCGCUGAUCAGCACCAACAUCCCACUGCUGGGCGGUGGCGGCAGCUCGAUGCUCAACAAAUUCCUGUCGCAUCCGCAUGCGGGAAUGGUGGGCGGCGGAAACGUCCCCAUGGAGGACUGCACAUCGCACUCGCCCAUCGAGCCGGCGUCCAUGUGGAGCUACGACUACAAGGGCGAGCUCUGCGCCCCCAACUGUGGCUAUCUGGAGCGGCACAAGCCGCUGACCGCCGACCUUAAGUACCGGCCAGGCGGAACCCAGUCAAAAAGUGCCAAAGAAUCGCGCAUCCGGCGGCCAAUGAACGCCUUCAUGGUCUGGGCCAAGAUUGAGCGCAAGAAGCUGGCCGACGAGAAUCCCGACCUGCAUAAUGCCGACCUCAGCAAGAUGUUGGGAAAAAAAUGGCGUUCGCUAACUCCGCAAGAUCGAAGGCCGUACGUGGAGGAGGCGGAGCGCCUGCGGGUGAUUCACAUGACGGAGCACCCGAACUACAAGUACAGACCCCGGCGGCGCAAGCAGUCCAAGCUGCGGGCCCUGCAGCCGGGCGGCAAGGAGCAGAGCGACAGUUCGCCCAAUCCGGGCGCUGGUGGUGGUGGUUCCAAGUCGAAUCCCAAGCUGGCCACACCCCCGUUGGCCACCGCGUCCUCCAGCUACACCACGCCCACCGACGAGAGCACCUGCAACUCCACCAGCCAGAGCCACAACCAGGCCACUCCGGGUGGCCUCUACGAGCAGCCGCUGAAGCCCACGUAUUCGCCCAGCUCCGUGGACUGCUACAGCAAUGCGGACAGCACGGAGCAGAUCGAGUCGCUGGCCGCCAACUGUGCGCCCGCCCUGCUCAACGAUCCAUCGCCCACGGGCGGGGGCUACGACAGCUCCCUGCUGCUCAAGAAGUUGACCAAGCCGCCGACCAGUCGAGCGGCCAAGUCCCGCCAGGAGAAGCUCUCGAAGGCGGGGGAGGACAAGGGUAAGGGCCAGGCGCAGGGGGCAUCCCAGCAGGGACUGUACGCCGCCUCCUAUCCCCUGGCACCCACUUCGGUGGCCGUGGUGGCGGCCCGGGGAAUGUACGUGACCUGCAACAACCGGGGCCUGCUGGAUCAUGGUCACUCCGUCAAGGGCACCUUCUACCCGCCGGUGUCCGUUUCGGAAGACGACAGCAGCUCCGCGAUGCGAAACAGCAUCAGUGUACUGCAGCAGCAUUGUAAUCUGGCCACCAGCACGCCCUCCAGCUCCGCCGGACCCAUUCCCAGCAGCGAGAUGAGCAGCUACACGGUGUCCAUGGCGGAUAACUGCGGCAACCUGCGGCUCAGCAUGAACGAGUUGGCCGGCAAUGAGUAUCUGCCCAGCGCCAAUGCCUAUGGGAUGCAAUACGAGGACUUCCUGCGCUAUCAGAGCAACGAUCUGGACUACUCAUCGCCGGCCAUUGUGGAGCACAAAGAAGCCACUCCGGAGCCGGCGGGCGCCCAGAAGUGCCUGAAGUACCCGGACACGAAUCAGAACUACGACGACUACGAGGCGGAGGCCUAUAGCAACGCCAUGCUGCCGGCCACAGCGGCCAGCUACUACACCCAGCUCCCGUAUCCACCCACCUCGCUGGCCGCCUUCCCGCUCCAGCUGGCGGUGCCGUUCCAGCAGACGACGGCCGGCGCCUACGGAGCCCAGCCCAUGCAGAGCGGCUACCUGCACUACGGCAACUACGGGGGCUACGAGGGCAUGGCCCAGGGCCAGCCGCAUAACCAGGCGCCAGUGCAUCAGCAGCAGCAGCAGCAGCAGCAGCAACAGGCCUCGCACUCGGCUCCGCCCUCCCUGUCGGCACCUCCGCCCAACCAGACGGUGACCUCAUCCAAUCCGGCAGCUGUCUCCAUGCAGCACCAUCAUCAUUUUGCACCCGGACCCGGAAUGGUGGGCGUGGGCGUGGGCGUGGGAGUGGGAGUGGGCGUCGGAGUGGGGGAAAUGUUAUUCGAGCAGCAGCAGCGCAAAGAUGAUGAGAUUAGCAACAUUCUGGCAGGAGUGCGCAAGACCUGCUACAGCAACUGAAUACGAUCAGACACAU